UAGCUCAUUUGGUGUCAAAUGAGCUAAGAGUCAAGACUAUAUAUUUUAUUUUAUUUACUAAGGCAUACUAAUGCAUUUUUCAACCAUUUUCUAUCUUAAAAAAUAGGAAUAAGCAAUGGCUUUUGAUUUCAGUCCUGAGACUUUAGACAUUGGCUCGCACCUCACCACCCACACCCAGCACCUGCUCCCAGACCUGUUGGAGGAUGUUGUGGAUGGAGAACCUGGCUGUGUUCUCACCUGCUCCACUUAUCCUGGACCAGCUGGGGAGCCUAGCCAACAGGAGGAGGAGGAUCCUGGACCAGCUGAGGAGCAUAGCCAACAGGGGGAGGAGGAUCCUGGACCAGCUGAGGAGACGAGCCAACAGGAGGAGGAGGAUCCUGGACCAGCUGAGGAGCCUAACCAACAGGAGGAGGAGGAUCCUGGACCAGCUGGGGAGCUUAGCCAACAGGAGGAGGAGGAUCCUGGACCAGCUGAGGAGACGAGCCAACAGGAGAAGGAGGAUCCUGGACCAGCUGAGGAGACUAGCCAACAGGAGGAGGAGGAUCCUGGACCAGCUGGGGAGCUUAGCCAACAGGAGGAGGAGGAUCCUGGACCAGCUGAGGAGACGAGCCAACAGGAGAAGGAGGAUCCUGGACCAGCUGAGGAGACUAGCCAACAGGAGGAGGAGGAUCCUGGACCCACUGAGGAGCCUAACCAACAGGAGGAGGAGGAUCCUGGACCAGCUGAGGAAACUAGCCAACAGGAGGAGGAGGAUCCUGGACCCACUGAGGAGCCUAACCAACAGGAGGAGGAGGAUCCUGGACCAGCUGGGGAGACGAGCCAACAGGAGAAGGAGGAUCCUGGACCAGCUGAGGAGACUAGCCAACAGGAGGAGGAGGAUCCUGGACCAGCUGAGGAGCCUAACCAACAGGAGGAGGAGUAUCCUGGACCAGCUGAGGAGCCUAGCCAACAGGAGGAGGAGGAUCCUGGACCAGCUGAGGAGCCUAACCAACAGGAGGAGGAGAAUCCUGGACCAGCUGUGGAACUUAGCCAACAGGAGGAGGAGAAUCCUGGACCAGCUGGGGAGCUUAGCCAACAGGAGGAGGAGGAUCUUGGACCAGCUGCGGAGCCUAGCCAACAUGAGGAGGAGAAUCCUGGAUGUCUCAGGGGAAGGACAAGGUCACACCAGGAGGAAGACCCAGCUACCUCCUCCAGCAUAAAGGAGGAAGAGGACAAAGAGAAGGAGCGGGGCACAACCCGUUUAGCCAUCUGUGGACUCAUGGACCACAGUAAAGAAGACUAUUACCAGGAUCAUGACCUCUCCAGCUCUGAGCGCAUCAGGUGUGUGGCAGUGAGCUGGCAGGCUCAGGACACCCAGAACCAAGACCAGCACAAAAACAGCAUGACCCGAAUAAAGAUGGCCGAUGGAAUAAACCUGUCUGACUCUGAAAAGAGCCCCUCCCUCAAGCAGCAAGCUCUGGAGGCUGAGCUGUGCCCCUCGCCACCCGGAACCCCUCAGGAGGACCUGGAUCACCCCCCUUGUACCAAGGACCACCAGAACCUAACCCCAUCCCUCCACUCCCUCCCAAAACAGGAACAGGACAUCAUCAGUACCUCACUGACAGAAGCUAGUCCGGUCCAGAGGCCCUCCGUGUCUCUCUCUGAGGGCAGUAGCAGUGAGUGUCUGAUGACCCCUAGUCCCAGUCCUCUCCUUCAGCGUCUUGCAGUGGGUGACUGUCCCGUACCGUCCCCCCGCAGCCACAACCUCAGCUUGGGCCAUCGCUUCAACACGGACCCUGAAACGGCCCCCUCCCCACCCUGCUCACAACACAUCAGGAUGGCUCACUACACAGUGAGGACUGAACCAGCAGAGGGCGCUAACAAGGCUCCAUCGGUCACAACGCUCAACAGACACAUCCAGAACGUGAGGAAGAGGAUCAGACGCUUCGAGGAGCACUUUGAGCAAGAGAGACAGUACAGGCCAGCACACAAUGAUAGGACUGCCCAUCCUGAGGUGUCUAGACUGAUGCGGGACCUCACCAAGUCUCGAAAGCAGCUCAAAGAGCUGAAGCUGAAACAGUGUGCAGAGGGGCUCAGAGAGCAGCACAAAGGGGGAAACACAGGGACAUGCAGGUCCACAAGUGAACCCAAGGGGCCGAUGGAACACUACCACAACAGUAACAACAAACCCUCACUGGAGGAGACCAUUGAUAGCCUGAUGAAGAGACUGAUGGAGAAACGAGAGGAGGAGGAACUGCCUGAUAACAUCAAGGAGAUGACUCCAGCUCAGAUGGCUGUGGAGAAGGUCACCCUGCAGAAGUGUCUGCUCUACUUUGAGAGCCUGUAUGGGCGACCGAGCACCAGACAGGAGAAGACUCUGAUGAAGCCUCUCUAUGAUCGCUACCGCCAGGUCAAACAGCAGCUUCUGUGUUCACCCACCACCAUCCCUGUCAUCACCACCAUAGAGGAAGAGGAGGGUUCUGAUGAAGAGUGUGUGAAGGACAGCACCUGGCUACCUCAUACAGCGCUGCGUUUUGUGUCUUCAGAUGAGUCACUGCGUCUGCCGCAUAGUGAAGUGGCUAAUAUGCCCCUGGUGUCACCUCUGGAGGAGAUCAAAGGUCUACAGCCGCCCAAUGUCACCACGGCAACACUGCACGAGGCAUCAAGGUCAGAGUUACUGGAGCAGCUGAGGGUGACGCGAGCUGAGAAGAAGAGACUCCGUUCAGCUCUCCGAGCCUUUGAGGACCACUUCUACACACAGACCGGCCGGGCUGCCCAGAAAGAGGACCGUGGGCCCAUGGCAGAGGAGUACUGCGAGUACAAGAACUUAAAAGCUAAACUCCGUUUGCUGGAAGUCCUGCUCAGUAAACGGGAUACUCCGAAGACUGUUUGAGCUUCCUUCACAGUGGGACUUUUAUUUUGAAACAGUUUUUUUUUGGCUCACUUUAUUGGAUCAUUUUUUUUCCAGAACAAAUUUCAAAGUGAGAUACCGGUACUUCUGGUCAUGUUUCAUGCGAUGCUUACAUGGUGAUGCACUUUAAAUGACUUUGAUGUUGACUGACUCACACUUUGGUUAAGAGUGAUGGCAAGAUGAUGCAAGAAUUGCUGGGCCACAUCCAGCUAUUUUUAGUCCCUUAACAAGUCCUUUGUUAUUCAUGACAAAUUAUACUUUUUUUCUGCAACUGAUGUAGCGAGUGUAACACUUUCAUUUUAAGGAAAAAAGAGAACAAAUAUAUAUCACGGUUGAUGUUAGAUAAAUGUUAUUUUAUGCUAUUCUAAGCUAUUUUAUGGCACUUUAUUGUUACUUGCAUUUUGUUCUUGCCAAACUAAUGUCGAUAUAACAGGUACGUAACGUGGUCUACUACGUUAAAAUGCUGCUCUUUGAAAAGUGCAAUCUUGGCAAGGGGGAUAUGUCAUCCGAAUACACAAUCCGACAAUCCUGUAGAAUGUUUGUGCAUGUCAAUCCGUUUUUAGUCCCACAUUGUACUAUGAUAUGUAAUAGUUCAUAGUUGAUAUGAUGAAUUGUGGCAAUUCAAGUUAUACAUUACCUUGGAAAAAAAAUAACUUGUGAAUGUUGGCAUAGUGCAAGUUACUCAAAUCUGUGUUUUCUCCUUUUUGUGUUUUUCAUCCAAAAAUGCAAUUGUUUACUAGGAUCAGAGCUUUUGACAUUGUGCACUUCUGGUUUAUAUGUGUAUAUAUCAGUAAAAAAUAAAUAUUUUUUCACAUUA